CAGCGAAGGUGAUGAUCCCAAAGGUUGCAAAGUCACGCAACUUCGAAUAAUAAAGUUUGAAAUUAACAAAAAAAAAGGAAAAAACAUUUUUGGAAACAGUAGAGGAGGGUGGUAGCGUCAUUUCGAAGCUUCUCCGUAAGUCCACCGUACCUAACCAAAGAUUCUUCAUUACGUCAAAAGUUAGGAACAGAGCGGAAACGCCUGUAGAGAGAGAGAGAGAAGGAGAGAUAUUCAGCGGAAGAAGUUGAGCUGAGAUACGAGGAGAAGAAGAAAGCGGAGGCUGAUCCGAAGAACCUUUUAAAAAAACACUAUUAUUUCCGGUAAUUGUCGCGAUCUCUGCUCUCAGACCUGAUUUCAGUACUGUUGGGUUAGAUCAACAGCUUUGGUUACUCCCGAUUGCUUCGGACAGUGAAAUAUUUUUUUUUGUCUCGAUUUGGCCUCCGUUGACUUGUUUUUAGGAUUCUUUCGGAGGAAUUUGGCGUAGAGUUUUUGCACAUUCUGGUUCAGGAGAGUGAUUUAAUAUCAUCGUCAUAGUCUGGUGGUGGUGGUGGUGUGCGUGUAAUUUUGCUUGUGAAAAAAAUGGCUGCUGUUGCGAAUUUUAACACUAAACGCUAUUCUUGGUGGUGGGAUAGUCACAAUAUCCCCAAGAACUCUAAAUGGCUUCAGGAUAAUCUUACAGAUAUGGAUAGUAAAGUGAAGCAAAUGAUCAAAGUGAUUGAAGAAGACGCAGAUUCCUUUGCUAGGCGAGCAGAGAUGUAUUACAAAAAGCGUCCUGAGCUUAUGAAACUGGUUGAAGAGUUUUAUCGAGCUUAUCGUGCUUUAGCUGAAAGAUACGAUCAGGCGACCGGUGUUCUUCGCCAUGCUCAGCAGACUAUGGCAGAAGCGUUCCCUAACCAAGACCACACCAUGAUGUUUGGUGAGGACUCACUCGUUGGUUCUUCCACAGAGGAGUUUGAUCCACAAACGCCUGAGAGUUAUCCUCCUAUCCGAGCUCCGGUUUACCCCAGCGACUUGCAAAAGGAUGCUCUGGGGAUCUCUUCCUCUCAUUUGAGUACCGUAAAGCGGAAUAUAGCCUUCAUGGAAGAUCCUCAGUCUGUGUAUAACGGGAAAGGUUUGAGAAUUGGAAAGGCAAGAAAAGGACUGGAUUUCAAUGAUGUCGAUGGAAACGGAAGAAACGCCAAGGUUCUUUCAGAGUCUGAACGCGCUAGCAAAGCUGAAGCUGAGAUAGUGGCGCUAAAAGAGGCUCUUUCGAAAGUACAGGCUGAAAAGGAAGCUAACUUGGCUCAGUUUGAUCAGAAUUUGGAGAAACUGUCUAAUCUUGAGACUGAGGUAUCUCGUGCACAAGAGGACUCAAGGGGUUUUAACGAACGAGCCACAAGAGCCGAAGCUGAGGUUGAAACACUCAGAGAAACGCUCAGCAAAGUAGAGGUUGAAAAGGGAGCCAGCUUUCUUCAGUACCAGCAAUGUCUACAAAACAUAGCUGAUUUGGAGGAUCGCAUUUCUCUAGCCCAGAAGGAGGCUGGAGAUGUAGAAGAGCGAGCCAGCCAAGCUGAAGCCGAAGUUGUAUCCUUGAAGCAAAGCCUUGUUCGAUCAGAAACUGACAAGGAAGCUGCUCUUGUCCAGUACCGGCAGUGCUUGGAAACCAUAUCUAACCUGGAAGAUAGGUUGCGCAAGGCUGAGGAAGAUGCCAGGUUAAUCAAUCAAAGGGCAGAAAAUGCUGAUGGUGAAGUGGAAAGCUUGAAGCAAAAGGUCUCCAAAUUGACUGAAGAAAACGAAGCUUAUGAACUCCAAUACCAACAGUGCCUGGAGACAAUUGCGGAUCUAAAGCUCAAGCUGUUUCAUGCUCAAGAAGAAACCCAGAGGCUUAGCCGUGAAAUAGAGGAUGGGGUUGCCAAGUUAAAAGUUGCGGAGGAAAAAUGUGUAGUGCUUGAGAGAUCAAACAAAAAUCUGCACUCUGAGCUGGAUGGUUUAUUGGAGAAACUGGGGAAUCAAAGUCAUGAACUCACGGAGAAACAGGAAGAGAUGGGAAGAUUGUGGACUACUGUGCAAGAAGAACACUUGCGUUUCAUGGAGGCUGAGACCGCCUUUCAAACCCUGCAGCAACUGCACUCUCAGUCUCAGGAGGAGCUAAGCAGUUUGGCAUUGGAACUGCAAAACAGGUCUCAGAUCCUUGAAGAUAUGGAGGCCCGUAACAUUGGUUUACAGGAGGAAGUCCAGGAAGCAAAAGAUGAGAACAAAUGCCUCAGUGAGCUCAAUCUCUCUUCGGCUGCAUCCAUCAAAAUUUUGCAGGAGGAGGUUUCAAGAUUACGGGAGAAAAUACAGGAACUUGAAGCAGAAGUUGAAUUGAGAGUGGACCAGAGAAAUGCUUUGCAGCAAGAAAUAUAUUGUCUUAAAGAGGAACUAAGCCAGAUAGGAAAGAAACACCAGUCCAUGGUGGAACAGGUGGAGUUGGUUGGUUUGCAUCCAGAAAGAGUUGGAUCUUCUGUCAAGGAGUUGCAGGAGGAGAACUCAAAGCUUAAGGAAAUAAAGGAAAGGGGAAGUAUUGAAAAGGCUGCACUGCUUGAGAAGUUAGAGUUGAUGGAAAAUCUUGUUCAGAAAAAUCUUGUUCUGGAGAACUCCAUAGCAAAUUUGAAUUCUGAGCUGGAAACAAUCAGAGGAAAGCUGAAGACAGUGGAGGAAGCUUGUGUGUCACUUGCAGAAGAGAAAUCGGGUCUUCAUUCUGAGAAGGACAUGUUGAUUUCCCGUUUGCAGAGUGCUACAGAAAACAGCAGGAAACUCUCUGAGGAAAACAGGUUACUGGAGAAUUCUCUUUCUGAUGCCAAUGCAGAGCUUGAAGAACUCAAGUCAAAUUUAAAAAGCCUAGAAGACUCAUGCUACUUGCUGAAUGAUGAAAAGUCCAGUUUAGUUAAUGAAAGAGAAAGCCUACUCUCUCAUAUGGAUAUAAUGAGAAAAAGCAUUGAAGAUCUGGAGAAAGAACAAGCAGAGUUAAAAGUGAAACUUUUGGAGUUAGCAACCGAGAGGGAAUGUUCUCUUCAGAAAAUUGAAGAGCUGGGAGUGUCUCUAGAUGCCAAAGACCGUGACCACGCUAGUUUUGUGCAGCUGUCUGAGAGUCAGAUGAAUGUCAUGAAAUCAAAGAUCCAUCAUCUUCAAGAUGAAAAUCAACGCCAGGAGAGAGAGUAUCAAGUAGAACUGGAUCGAGCUCACGAUGCCCAUGUUGAGAUUAUUGUUCUGCAGAAAUGUUUGCAGGACUGGCUUGAGAAGAGUUCCUCUCUCGUUGCUGAGAAUCAGAAGAUCAAAGAGGCUUCUCAACUGUUGGAAAAGCUAGUCUCUGAACUAGAACAGGGAAAUGUUGGGAAACAAGUGCAGAUUGAGUCCUCCAUUAACUGCAUUAAAACACUGAGAGCGGGGAUUUUCCAGGUAUUGAUGAAGCUUGAAGUUAUCCCAUGUAUAGAUUCCGAUGAUGAGAACUCGCAAGACCAGAAAAACAUGCAUGACAUAUUGAGUAGACUUGAUGAGAUGCAAACUAUGCUUUUGAAGGUUCAGAAUGAAAACCAGCAGUCCGCUAUUGAGAACCUCGUCCUAGUUGAAUUUCUUCGGCAACUGAAAUCAGAAGCUGUUGGCAUUGCAGCAGGGAAGAAACUCCUUGAGAAAGAACUUGAAUCUCAGCGUUGCCAGCUCUCCCUUUCGCAGGAUGAGAUCCAGAAACUUAGCUCCAUGAAUGGGGAAUUGACCACAAAAGUUUAUCAAGGAGUCAACAGAGAAGAAGUCUUGAAGGUGGAAGUUGAGGAUUUGCAAAGGCAAGUCUUGCAACUUGGAAGUGACUACACCAUUUUGCAGGGAGAGAAUUACAAAACUUUGGAAGAGAAAAUGUACUUGACAAAGUCUACACUGCGGUUAGAGGAGGAGAAACGUGAACUAGAAGAGGAUAUCUCUUUGCUUCUUUCCGAGGCUAUAUACCAAAGCAAUCUCAUUCUUCUUUUGGAGGAUGUCGUUUUGGAAAAACUUUCAGAGGCGGUGAAACUAAACGAGGAUUUGGACAGACUCAGUUUUGUUAAGAGUAAGCUCGAGGAAGAGGUAAGGGAGGUUGGUGAUAAGUUAAAAUCUGCAGAAACUGAGAACUUGCAGCUUAAAGGUUUGCUAGAGAAAACAGACACCGAGCUGCUCUCUGCUAGAUCAGCCAAUGAUCAGUUGGAACAGGCAAUUUCUGAUGUGAAGAAUCAACUGGUUCAGAAGGAGAAAGAACUUCUAGAAGCUAUGCUUAUGAUCUCCAUAGUGCAAAAUGAAAAAUCUGGAUUAUCCAAGGCAGUGGAGGAUUUAGAAUGUAAAUACAAGGAAACUAAAGCAAUAGAAGAAGAUAAAGAUAAGCAGGUUCUGAAACUCCGAGGAGAUUACGAUGAGCAGGUUAAGAAGAGCGGUCAUGCCAACGAAGCUAAUCUGAAACUGGAAGCUGAACUCGAAGGAAUGAAAGUGGGGAAGGAAAAGCUGAACCAGGAGCUUUCCAAAGAGAAGAAUGAUGUUGAACUAUGGGAGUCUCAAGCUUCAACAUUGUUUGGAGAUUUGCAGAUUUCAGUUGUUCGUGAAACAUUGCUUGAAGGGUUGAUCCAUGAGCUAGCGGAAGCCUACAAGAACCUUGAAAAAAGAAGCACAUUAAAAGACGUGGAGGUUGACCAGCUUAAAGGAAGAGUGAGCAACUUAGAGGAUGCGAAUAAAGGACAAAACGAUCUUAUGAGAAAAUAUGUCCAAGCCAUUAUAUUGUUGGAGGAGAGCAUAGAAUCUCUGGAAAAACAUAUUGACAUGCCUCACGCAUUCAAGAAUGAACCAGCCAAGGACACUGCUUCAAUGGUGGAUAACAACGAGGGUUUCUUAGAGCUUCAAGAAAUAUGUUUGAGAAUCAAAGCUAUUGAAGAGGCUGUAACCGAAAAGCUUGCAGUGCAAGAACUAAGAACAGCUGCCCGCAGAAGUGGAAGUCUGCAGAAACAGAACCAUGAAAUCUAUCCAGAAGAAAACGAAAUGAUCACGAAAGAUAUCUUACUCGACCAGGUUUCUGAUUGCUCGUCAUAUGGGAUUAGUAAGAGAGACAUUUUGAAGAUAGAAGAUGAUCACAGUCUUGAGGUAAAGCCACAACACCCUCAAAAAGGUAAAUCCAUGUCUGAAGAGUCACUGGUCGUGGACAAACUAGAGGUCUCCGACAGGUUCACGGAUCCAAACAAAGAAGUAAACAAGAGGAAAGUUCUCGAGAGACUUGAUUCAGAUUUACAGAAGCUCUCGAAUCUUCAUAUAGCCGUAGAAGAUUUGAAAAGCAAAGUGGAGAGAGAGGAGAGAAGCGAGAAAGAAAAGGAAGACGAGUACGAAACAGUGAAGGGACAGAUCAAUGAAGCAGAGGAAGCGUUAGAGAAACUUCUAAGCAUCAACAGGAAACUGGUGACAAAAGUGGUGAGGGGAUUUGAGAUAUCAGAUGGAAGCAAGUCAUCAAUGGAUCUUGAUGAGGAUGAGAACAGCAGAAGGAGGCGGAUAUCAGAACAAGCGAGGAGAGGAUCAGAGAAGAUUGGGAGGUUGCAGCUGGAGAUACAGAGGUUACAGUUUUUGUUGCUGAAGCUGGAAGGAGAAAGAGAGAAUCGAGCGAAAGCUAAGGUGUCGGAUAGUAAAACGAGGACUCUUCUUAAGGACUAUAUCUAUGGUGGAGUGAGAGGUGAGCGACGGAAGAGGAUUAAAAAGCGGUUUGCGUUUUGUGGGUGUGUGCAGCAACCACCUCCAUCUCCUUGAUCGUUUUGAAACUUGUUAAAAGCAUAAUAAUAGUAUUCAUGUGAAUGAAAAGUGAGUUUGAGUUUAAUAUAUGAAUGACAAACACCUUUCUUAAUAUAUGUUUUGCGUUUGGAAGAUUUUAAAAUAAAUUUGUAUAUUGCAUA